GGCGCCUUCAACAGCCCCUUCUCCCUCAGCGAGCCGCAGUGGGUCCCCGACAAAGAGUGUCCGAGAUGUAUGCAGUGUGACACCAAGUUCGACUUCAUCAGGAGGAAGCUGAAGUUCCAUCAGUCAGGGGGAGGAAGAUGCUCUCUGAUCUGGAUGUUAGAGAUGCCGCUCCGCCCUCGGGUAACCUGACGUUGUGUGUCCCGCCACAGCACCACUGCCGGCGCUGCGGCCGCUGCUUCUGCGAUAAGUGCUGCAGCAGGAAGGUGGCGCUGCCCCGCAUGUGCUUCGUGGACCCGGUGCGGCAGUGCGCCGAGUGCAGCCUGGUGUCGCAGAAGGAGAGCGAGUUCUACGACAGGCAGCUGCGGGUGCUGCUGGGAGGGGGAACCUUCGUGGUCACGCUGGGAACGUCGGAGAAGUCGGAAACCAUGACGAGUCGCCUCUCCAACAACCACAGAUAUCUGUUCCUGGACGGGGAAAGCCACUUCGAGGUGGAGCUGUCUCGGAUCUCCAGCAUGCAGAUCCUAACGGACGGGACGAGUCCCGGAGAAACUGACAUUCACACUUACACCAGUCUGCUGGACAGUCACUUAAUCUCUGAAGGAGCCACGUCCCGCCCCACCGGCAUGCUGCUGCACUACAGACCGAUGGGAUCUCAGGAGGCUCAGCAGCUCCGCAUGGAGGCGGCGGACGACAAGAAGGUGGCCUCCUUAUGGCUGGCCGCCAUGCACAAGGCGGCCAAACUCCUGUACGAAGCUCGGGACCAGUGAGGACCCAGACCAACACCCCCCCUCCAGGCAGCAGCACACACCCAAGUGUUUGGACCCGGGCCGCCGGGUUCGGGUUCCUUCUCGUGUGUCCGAUCCCUCGUCGGGUUUCUGAUGAUUUAUUUUUUUUUUUUUUCUCCUGGUGUGUAGAGAGAGAGAGACGUUUCUACAAAAACACUUUAUUACCUCUAUAAUUAGUACUUUGUACAUGAUGUUUACCCCACACACACACACACACACACACACUGAUGGUGUCUUUUCCAUUCCUCACACCCGUCUGGCUUCAGGCGUCCGUCAGGGCCUUUUUUAUAUUCAGUCUGGACGAAGCACAUUCGACAGGAAGUCAUGAAGCCUUUUUUACAGUGAAUCCACAGCGUGAGCCGCCGCCGCCGCCACCGCUGCCGCGGUUCAGACUCCGAGUCCUGCAGGUUAAAGGACCAAUCCGCCUCAGAUCCCUUUAAAACGCUUUCAACAGCAGCUGUUUGCAUUUCACAGAACGUUUCCUCGCUGCUUGAUCACAAAAAACAUUUAAUUGAACACAUUUAAUUCUAAUUCUCCUCUUUGUGUAUCAACUUAUUGGACACAUCUAUGAUUUGUAGUACAGUGAUUUCCAUUAAUUUGACAUCGAUCUGCAGAAUUACAGUAUUACUAAUCUGGUAUUGUCUUUUUGCUGCUUUUGAAAAUCAAACAGGUUUUCAGCUGAGUGUAAAUUGUAAAUUUCUCUACUGCAUCAUCAAAUGUCUAAAUUAGUGUUAAAUCUGCUGCUUCCAACUCUUCAUUUGUGGAUUGAUUAGAGCACAAUUAUUGAAAUAAACGCGGAUAUACCGCCCCCAUGUGGCCAAACAUCGUCAUUACAACUUAAAGCCACACUGUCAUUGUUGAUUAAUGCUGAGCAGAAAGGCAUUCUGGGAAAUGAAAGGCGCAACAGGAAAGUUCCUAAAAUGCAAAAAGCAGCGCAGACUUCUGUAGUUUCUAUUAAUGAGACUAUUGGGUGGAUUUCUCCUUUAAAGGGAGAAGAUUUUGCUUUAAAACAGGAAGUGAAGGUUAAAUGAAACCCGACGCGUUGGGGUCAAAGGUGAAAACGGCUCAGAUUUCAGUUUGACAGCCAAUGGAAACAUUUUGGAGUAUGUUUCAAAAUUUGGAGGGUUUUAUGUCAUAAUUUGAACUCAAGAAGUUCUGUAUUAAAAAAAAAAAAAAAAAAAAAAAUCAAUUUUUAAUUCAUGCUCCAAAAUUCAUUUUGAGAAGUUUAACAAAAAAGUUAAAAUUUGAAGAGAAGAAUUUGAAGUUUGAAGAGGAAAAAUAAAAUGCAUGGAAUUGAAGCUCAAGUUGAUCAAUUUUGAUUUAUCUUUUUUAGCUCAUAUUUUGGGAUAAAUUACAACAAUGAAGACAAAUUGGAAACUGACAAAGUUUGUACAGUAAUUGAAUUUUUUCUUUUGUUUUAUAAAACUUUAAAAAUCAAACAGAAUUUUUAAAAAAUGCCAAAAGUGGGAAAAAAUUUCAAUUUAAUGUGAAAACACAGAAAAGUUGUUUUUUUUUUCCUUCAACGUGUCUCAACACGUCUCAUCUUUACAGAUUUACAUCUUUUAACACUGAUUGUAAUGAAACGGACACACACACACACACACACACCUGAGGAGAGAAUAAAGGCUUUAAGUGACGUUUGAUGGA